AUGGCUGCCAACAAGCAGGGCAAGAUGCAAAACCUCAUCAACUACCGGAUGCGGGUGACGCUCAACGAUGGUCGACAGAUGACAGGCCAGAUGCUGGCAUUUGACAAGCACAUGAACCUCGUUCUCGCCGACACAGAAGAAUUCCGCCGCACCAAGCGGAAGUCGAAGGCCGCCCCCGGUUCCACGAACACCCAGGUCGAAGCGGAAGAGAAGCGAACCCUCGGUCUCACCAUCGUGCGCGGUACUCAGGUUGUUUCCUGUUCCGUUGACGGACCCCCUCCCGCCGACCCCUCUGCGCGCCUCGGUGCCGGUCCGGGCGCUGCUGGCGCUGCCGCGACUCUCGCCGCCGGCCCUGGUAUCAGCAAGCCCGCUGGUCGUGGCCUUCCUGUUGGACUCGGUGGUCCUGCUGCUGGUGUCGGUGGCCCCGCUCCUCCCAUGGGUGGUUUCCCUCCCGGCGGUUUCGCGCCGCCCCCAGGAUUUGGUGGUCGUGGAGGACCCCCCGGUGGACCUCCCGGCUUCGCUCCCCCUCCUGGAUUCGCUCCUCCAGGCGGUCCUCCUGGCUCUUUCCAGCCUCCCCCGGGAUUCCAGCCUCCGGGUCAGGGUCGAGGAUACCCGCCGCCGGGCUUCGGCGGUCGAUGA